UUAAAAGCAGCCAGACAAUAAGCACUGAAGAACACAACAUUUUCCUCCAUCAGUAGAAAUUAUUGUUGGGCUACAAGUCAGAACCUUUAUAGGUGGGCCAGAAAGUGAAGAGAAUCAGAUUUCUGAGCCAUGGAAGACUGCUUCAGGAGCAAACAAGGUCUGUGUUUUUUACUCUUCCUCUGUGUGACUGAUGUACUGUGUGUCUCAAUUCAUUAUUCUGUGCCAGAAGAAAAGAAAACUGGGUCUCUGGUGGCUAAUGUUUUGAAGGAUUUGAAAUUUGGGACUGGGGAGCUCUCUGCUCGCAGAGCCCAGCUAGUGUCCAAAAGCUCUAAGCAGUAUUUCCAUCUUGAUGCCCACUCUGGGGCUCUACUCAUAAAUCAGAAAAUAGACCGAGAGGCUCUGUGUGGUCAGAGUGAGCUUUGUUUAUUACAAAAUGAAAUAGUGCUUCAAAACCCCUUAGAGUUCUAUACUAUUGAAGUGAAGGUGGAAGAUGUAAAUGACAAUGCUCCCAGAUUUUCUCAAAAUGAUUUUCAGCUGGAAAUUCCUGAGAAUGUUUUCCCAAAUACAAGAUUCCCCUUGGAAUCUGCUCAAGAUGUGGACCUGGGAGAAAACAGCAUUCAAAAUUACACCUUGAGUCCCAAUGAGUAUUUCAGGCUUGGAAUAGAAAGCAAAAAAGAUGGAAGAAAAUCCAUUGGACUUAUUCUGGAGAAAUCUCUAGAUAGGGAAAAACAGCCACAUUUGGAACUGACACUUAUGGCUUUGGAUGGAGGUGUACCUCAGAGAACAGGAACAGUUCAAAUAAAUAUUAAUAUCUUAGAUAUUAAUGAUAAUUCACCACAGUUUACUCAAUCUGAAUAUGAAGUACGUUUAAAGGAAAACAGUCCUCAGGAUACUCUGGUCUCCAAAGUGGAAGCCAAAGAUUUAGAUUAUGGUUCAAAUGCUGAGAUCGCUUACUUUUUCCAUCAAGUGUCUGAAAAUAUACUUAAUUUGUUUCAUUUGAAUGAAAUGACUGGAGAAAUCACUGUUAAGGGAGAAAUUGAUUAUGAGAAAGAGACCAGUUAUGACAUGAGCAUCAAAGCAACUGAUGGAGGGGGCCUUUCUGGACACUGCAAUGUUCUGGUUGAGGUUGAGGAUGUGAACGAUAAUGCCCCUGAAGUUUCAGUCAUAUCCCUUACUGAUAUAAUCCAAGAGGAUUCUCCCCUGAACACAGUGGUUGCUAUUUUCAGUAUUACAGAUCGUGACUCUGGGGACAAUGGCAAAACUAUGUGCUCUGUUGAGAUGAACCUUCCCUUUGAAUUAAGAAGCACCAAAAAUAACUACUACCAGCUUAUGAUCCAGAGCCCUCUGGACAGAGAAAGAGUCUCUAAAUAUAAUGUCACCAUCACAGCCUCAGACCAGGGAUCUCCUAGGCUCACCUCAACAAGAAUUAUCCACGUUCAGAUAUCAGAUGUCAAUGACAACACCCCAGUGUUUGAAAAGCCUUUAUUUGAAAUGUGGUUACAAGAAAAUAAUAUUCCAGGACUUCUAAUUGGCUCAGUCCAUGCUGUUGAUGAAGACAUGGGACAGAAUGGUAAAGUGAGUUAUUUGCUUUUGCCUGAGGAACUUGGUGGUAGCCCUGCAGCCUCUUACAUCUCCAUCAACUCUGAAACUGGAAACAUGUAUGCCCUCCGAUCUCUGGACUAUGAGCAAAUAAAAGAUUUCAAAGUCAGAGUGAGGGCUACAGAUGGUGGUACUCCUCCUCUGAGCUCUGAUGUUGUUGUGCGCAUUGUGAUCACAGAUGAAAAUGACAAUGCUCCCUUCUUCCUCUAUCCACUUCAGAACAGCACAUCGCCCUGCAAUGAGUUGCUCCCCAAGAUGGCAGAGGCUGGAUAUCUGGUCACUAAAGUGGUGGCUGUGGAUCAAGAUUCUGGUCAGAACUCUUGGCUAUCUUAUGAACUUCUGAAGGCCACAGACCCAGGCCUUUUCAGCAUAGGAGCCCAGAAUGGAGAGGUGAAA